AUGAUCGGACCGUUAGAUCAAUCCCACCCACCGCUCAUGUGGGAACUUACAUAUCUAGAAUUGAAGGUUCAGAUAUUCCAAAUCGAUGCUUCUAGGAUUAGGUUAGUCAAUUGCCCUUCACUUGUACUAUCAUGGACUUCUGAAUUGGAGAUUUGUGGACUAUUGUUGACCUAUAGGAACUUCGAAAUUGGAGAUCAGAGGUUGUGA